ACUUUAUUACCAACUCGAAGAAUAUAGAACAAUGUGAAGAGAUCGUUUUGAAAACGUUGAGGAAGUACUACAAACGGAAGGAAGAAUAUUUGAUGAAAUUAAAAAAAGAGUACGAAAAAAUGGAUGAAGAAAAAAAAAAAUUGUACGAAAGGGAACACAGGAACGGUAAUAGUAGGAAAGACGAAAUGAACGAGAUAAGAAAAAACACAAAUUUGAAAAUGAACAAUAAUGUGAAAAACGGAAUGACAACAUCUGAUUUGAACAACAUGCAGGAGGAGAAGCGUGUUGUAGAAAUUGACGAGGAUGGAAAAAUGGGAGACGAAGAGUUAGCCAUUCACCAACACCUUCCGAAUGGAAAAGGGGACUCCAAGAAAAACGGAGCUGAAAAGAGAACCCCUUCCAUAAGUGAAUAUUCCGCUAAAGGAAAAGGGAAGAACGAACGAAAGGCAAACAAAUCGGAAGACUCGGAUGAGGAUACUAAUGAUGAACCACCCAAGGGAAAUGGUGGACAAACAGAAAAAUACACAUGGACUCAAACUAUAAAUAGUCUAGAUAUGUACAUAAAUCUGGACCAAAAGGUAAAAACCAAGGACAUAAAAUUGGAAAUAACUUACAAAAAAUUGUAUGUGAAUGUUAAAAACGAAGUUAUUAUUGACGGAGAGUUUUAUAAACAUAUAAAGCCAGAGGACUCUAUUUGGACCUUGGAAGAUAACAGGGUUAUUCAUGUGUGUAUUGAAAAGCUAAACGGAAUGGAGUGGUGGUCAACGGUAAUAAAGGGUGACUCCGAAAUUGACGUGAAGAAAAUCGUUCCAGAGAACUCCAGGAUGGAAGACCUCGAUGCGGAGACUCGGUCGGUGGUCGAAAAAAUGCUCUACGACCAGAGGCAGAAGGCUAUGAAUUUGCCCACGUCCGAUGAACAGAAGAAGUUUGAAAUUUUUGAAAAGUUCAAAAAAAUGCAUCCGGAGAUGGACUUUUCCAAGGCCAACAUCAACUACGGCAGGUCCAACCCCAACAGCAUGUUCUUCGGCCGGUAG